AUGCCUAACUCUACUGCUUGUGCGGAGUUCUGUGAUUUCAUUGAAGCCACCGGUUUCAUUGAGGCGCCUACGGUUGGUCUGCAUUACACGUGGUCUGGUCGUAGAUUUAUGCCUACACAUGUGGAGUCUCGUCUGGAUAGAGCCAUUUAUGCUGACUCUUUUGCAAAUCUCUGGAGUUCGGUUUUUGUUCAAGCUCUUCCACGUAUUACCUCGGAUCAUUCUCCGCUUAUUCUUCAUUGCAUGGUGGAUGCUCCUCCUCGCCAUCGUUUCUUUAAGUUCCUUAACAUGUGGACCUUACAUCCGGAUUUUCUCCAUACGGUGGAACGGUCCUGGCAGAUGGAUACCGAGAUUGAGCUUUUGGAAAUUCAAGAUCAGAUUGCCAGGGAAGGUUACACGGAGGAUCUCUUUAAUAAAGAAGAGGAAGCCCAAGCUAAGAUCAACGUUGUGCUUUCCAGGCAGAGCUCGCUUCUACAGCAAAAAAGUCGGGUGUCUUGGCUUCAAGAUGGAGACAGGAACACGAAGUUCUUUCAUGCGAUGCUUAGGUUUCGUCGUAAACCUCACAUCGUUUCUCACAUGGAGAUCAAUGGAGAUAUGAAUUACGAUCAAAAGGUUAUUGGGGAUCAUAUAGUGGAUUUCUUCUCUUCUUUGUUUUCGACUAGCAGUCAUACUAAUACUGAUAUUACGACGGUUGAGGCGGUUAUUGAGGAGAUGGUCGAAGAUCGUUAUAAUAAUUUGCUCAUUCGCUUGCCGGAUGAAGAGGAAAUUUCUGCUAUGGUUUUUUAG